CACCACCAUCUGAUCUAUCUGGUUCUCUUCACAACAGGCUCUGAAGACAUCAUGAACCCACAAUGGGAGGCAGCACCCAAAUCCUAUGCUAUUCGUGAUUCUCGACAGAUGGUGUGGGUCCUGAGUGGAAAUUCUUUAAUAGCAGCUCCUCUUAGCAACAGUGUUAAGCCUGUCACUCUUCAUUUAAUAACCUGCAGAGACACAGAAUUCAGUGAUAAGAAAAAGGGUAAUCUGGUUUACCUGGGAAUCAAGGGAGAAGAUCUCUGUCUCUUCUGUGCAGAAAUUCAGGGCAAGCCUACUUUGCAGCUUAAGGAGAAAAAUAUCAUGGACCUGUACAUGGAGAAGAAAGCACAGAAGCCCUUUCUCUUUUUCCACAAUGAAGAAGGCUCCACUUCUGUCUUUCAGUCAGUCUCUUACCCUGGCUGGUUCAUAGCCACCUCCUCCACAACAGGACAGCCCAUCUUUCUCACCCAGGAGAGGGGCAAAACUAAUAACACUAACUUCUACUUAGAUUCUGUGGAAUAAAUCCAGCCUAGGCUGUGGAUAGAGAAUCAAGCUGUUAGAGUCAUCUUAACAGACCAUCAUGUGACUGAGUUCACCAGCACUUCAGUCCAUCCAUAGCUUACCUCAUUCUUACCAUCCAAAAGCCACCUCCUCCUCCAAACAUCCAUUUCUGUACCAACACCCUCACUUGAAUUUCACUAUCCCAGAUUGAAACCUAAGAAUCACUUUCCAUUCUUUCUUGAUCUUACCCCACCAUCCACUCAGCUGCCAUGCCCAGUUUAGUCAACCACCCAAAUGCUGCUUCAUGCAACCCUCCUUUCCUAUUCCUUUUGCCAACCCAUGAUGUAGAGAUGUGGAUUCAUGACAUUUUUGU